GGUGAGUUUGGUCUCUUUGCUGGGAAAAUGGGUAGAGUUCAACGGUUCUCUGUGACCGUGUCUUCAGUUGCACAUCAAUAGUGGCGAGGAAAUCAUAUUCCUGCUGCUUAGAAUUUUCCAAUUUUCUUCGCAAGAAAAACUUUAAAAAAAUAAUUUGAAAAAAUGAUUUUUAGGUGGAUUCAAGUGUCUUCUUGUGCUAAGAAGAGGAUUUAAUUUUAUUUUAUCGUGAAACGUGUGGAAAAAGCGCUGAAAAGUCUGGGAAAAAUUUCUGUCGUCAUCGGGAUGAAGCCGUAGAAAGGUGCUGGUGGUGGUGUGUGAGAAUGAAGAGGAAACAGCGUCGAUACAGGACCACAUUCAAUUCGCUGCAGCUUCAGGAGCUGGAGCGUGCCUUCCAGCGAACCCACUACCCGGAUGUCUUCUUCAGGGAGGACCUCGCGCGUGUUAUUGAUCUCACAGAGGCUAGGGUGCAGGUGUGGUUCCAGAAUCGUCGUGCCAAGUGGCGAAAGCAGGAGAAACCACCCGAUGCUCCCUGCUUCGAUAUGCCUCUCCCGCAAUUCCCCGAAUCCACGGCAAUUCCCACCCAACAACCACCCCCAACGGACAUCCUGCCCGAUGUUGUGGCUCCCAGUGAUAUUUUUACCGAAAUCCCCAUCCAAUCCCUCGAUUCGGACCUCAUGAAAGCCCCCCAAGUAGACGAAGUACCCCUCUCACCGUCCUGUGGUGCCCGCCUGUCCCCAAAUCUCUUCCUGGGCAUAAAUUUUGAUCACAGCAUGUGCCUCGAUCGGGGCAAUUUAUCCCUCGAAUGGACCACCCUCACGAGCUUCUCGCCAUUCCCAUCGAAUCAACCAAGCAGUGAUCCCGAGAAUUGUCUCAGUUUGCUGGACAACUCUCAAUCCUCCUUCGAUGAGAUGAAGUUCCUCAGCACGGAGAGUUGCAUAAUGAACCUGGAUCAGGAUAGAACGCUCACAAUGGAGCCCAAAUCCACCCAUCAGGCAAUUACGGAUGCGCAGCAGCAGGACUACACCCUCCUAACGAGUAGUCUAGCUGAGCAGGAGGAGCAAAAGAUCACAGAGACGCAUCUUAUAGACCUGGAAGUGCCUACAAUGGAUUUCUAAAAAAAAAUGUGCCUCUAACUUAAAUAAUGUUUCAGAGGGACUCUCUGGAUGUGAUUUAAUGUGGGAUUUAUUAGGAAGAAUUUUAAAUUAAAUCUAAAUGAAAGAAAAAUGAAAAA